CCGGCUCUGGGGCCCGGCGGCUGCACAGUCGAGCGUGGGGCGGACGCUGCGGACGUGGGUGAGGGCGCGGCCGUAAGAGAGCGGGACGCGGGGUGCCCGGCGCGUGGUGGGGGUCCCCGGCGCCUGCCCCCACGGCACCCCAGAAGGCCUGGCCAGGGUACCCUCCGCGGAGCCCGGGAGUGGGGGGCGCGUGCCCGGCGCCGCGAUGGGCCCGGGACCCCCAGCGGCCGGAGCGGUGCCGUCCCCGCGGCCGCUGUCCCUGGUGGCGCGGCUGAGCUACGCCGUGGGCCACUUCCUCAACGACCUGUGCGCGUCCAUGUGGUUCACCUACCUGCUGCUCUACCUGCACUCCGUGCGCGCCUACAGCUCCCGCGGCGCGGGGCUGCUGCUGCUGCUGGGCCAGGUGGCCGACGGGCUGUGCACACCGCUCGUGGGCUACGAGGCCGACCGCGCCGCCAGCUGCUGCGCCCGCUACGGCCCGCGCAAGGCCUGGCACCUGGUCGGCACCGUCUGCGUCCUGCUGUCCUUCCCCUUCAUCUUCAGCCCCUGCCUGGGCUGUGGGGCGGCCACACCCGAGUGGGCUGCCCUCCUCUACUACGGCCCGUUCAUCGUGAUCUUCCAGUUUGGCUGGGCCUCCACACAGAUCUCCCACCUCAGCCUCAUCCCGGAGCUCGUCACCAACGACCAUGAGAAGGUGGAGCUCACGGCACUCAGGUAUGCGUUCACCGUGGUGGCCAACAUCACCGUCUACGGCGCCGCCUGGCUCCUGCUGCACCUGCAGGGCUCGUCGCGGGCGGAGCCCACCCAAGACAUCAGCAUCAGCGACCAGCUGGGGGGCCAAGACGUGCCCGUGUUCCAGAACCUGUCCCUGCUGGUGGUGGGUGUCGGCGCCGUGUUCUCACUGCUGUUCCACCUGGGCACCCGGGAGAGGCGCCGGCCACGUGUGGAGGAGCCAGGCGAGCACACCCCCCUGUUGGCCCCUGCCACCGCCCAGCCCCUGCUGCUCUGGAAGCACUGGCUCCGGGAGCCAGCUUUCUACCAGGUCGGCAUGCUGUACAUGACCACCAGGCUCAUCGUGAACCUGUCCCAGACCUACAUGGCCAUGUACCUCACCUACUCGCUCCACCUGCCCAAGAAGUUCAUCGCGACCAUUCCCCUGGUGAUGUACCUCAGCGGCUUCUUCUCCUCCUUCCUCAUGAAGCCCAUCAACAAGUGCAUUGGGAGGAACAUGACCUACUUCUCAGGCCUCCUGGUGAUCCUGGCCUUUGCCGCCUGGGUGGCGCUGGCGGAGGGACUGGGUGUGGCCGUGUACGCAGCAGCUGUGCUACUGGGUGCUGGCUGUGCCACCAUCCUCGUCACCUCGCUGGCCAUGACGGCCGACCUCAUCGGUCCCCACACGAACAGCGGAGCGUUCGUGUACGGCUCCAUGAGCUUCUCGGAUAAGGUGGCCAAUGGGCUGGCAGUCAUGGCCAUCCAGAGCCUGCACCCUUGCCCCUCAGAGCUCUGCUGCAGGGCCUGCGUGAGCUUCUACCACUGGGCGAUGGUGGCCGUGACGGGCGGCGUGGGCGUGGCCGCUGCCCUGUGUCUCUGUAGCCUCCUGCUGUGGCCGAUCCGCCUGCGACGCUGGGACCGUGACGCCCGGCCCUGACUCCUGACAGCCUCCUGCACCUGUGCAAGGGAACUGUGGGGACGCACGAGGAUGCCCCCCAGGGCCUUGGGGAGAAGCCCCCCACUGCCCCUCACUCUUCUCUGGACCCCCACCCUCCAUCUUCACCCAGCUCCCGGGGGUGGGGUCGGGUGAGGGCAGCAGGGAUGCCCGCCAGGGACUUGCAAGGACCCACUGAGUUUUGAGGGUGCCCCAUUCUCAACUCUAAUCCAUCCCAGCCCUCUGGAGGAUUUGGGGUGCCCCUCUCGGCAGGAAGUAGGAAUCCCAGAAGGGUCUGGGGGAACCCUAACCCUGAGCUCAGUCCAGUUCACCCCUCACCUCUGGCCUGGGGGUCUCCAGACACUGCCAGGGUCCCCUCAGGACGGCUGGAGCCUGGAGGAGACUCAGCCACGGGGUGGUGGGCUGGGCCUGGACCCCGCCGUGGUGGGCAGCAGGGCUGCCUGGCAGGCUUGGUGGACCCUGCUGGCAGCAAAUAAAGAGAUGACGGCAGCCUGGCUCCUGUCUGCCUGGGGCGGGGGGCUCUGGGCAGAGGUAGCUCGGGCAUCUCAGCCCUGCCCUGGUUGUGGGCGGCCGGCGAGCCCAGUGUCUGCCUCUGUCCCAAGCCUCUGGUCCCCUGGGACUAGGUUAGUGCCCCCUCAUCUGGGUGCAGAGACAGUGGGUGCAUCCUGGCAGCAUGCAUUUAUUGGGGAGUGGGUGUGAGGGAAGGCGGGGACCGCUGGCAGGUGGAGGGGCAGUAUGGUUCCAGGACCCACUCCCGGUAGUUCUGGGCGGUGCCGGGCGGGCGCUGGGGUGCCGACAGGGAGGGCACGUAGUCUGAUGACCUCCACAGUGGCUCCACCCUGUACCGGUUCCUGUUGAUCACUGUAGGUGGGACUCGGGUCACCAUGUGCCCCCCACCUCCUCGCCGUUGGCCAGCAAGGGGCUCCUGGACCUCCCCGGGCAGUUUCACCCUGGCCUAGGUGGCCUUGUCCCCCUGGCCUCCCAGGGACCCACCCUGCACCUAGCCUCACCGUAUUCCUUGCCCCGGAUUGGCCUGUCUUUCCACAGCGCACUCCCCCACUGGGUGCUGGGAGCCUGGUACUGGGCAGGGACGAUGGGGUCGUGCCAGGCGGUCUCCCGCAGGUGCUGGGUGUAGGCUGCAGUGGGGCGGGGGCUGGCGGUCAUUCCUGUCCCCCUCCGGCAGGCCCGGUGCCCAGGGCGGGGGGGCACUCACCCGAUGGCAUGCUGCACUCACGGUGUUGGUAGCAGCUGUGCCAACGGUUGUAGGCCUCGUGGAAGGGGCUGGCCGGGGCCCGUGGCAGGCUGUACCAGGCUUCCCAGGCGUCCGAAUUGGUCAGGCCUGUGUACCACAGCUGGCCGGCUGUGUCCCGUCCCAUGGGCGUGUACUUCCAGCGUGUGGCCUGCCUGAUGGCUGGUGGCCAGCGGGGACCCUCCAGGGACAGGUAGUCAUCGCUGAGGGUUGGCAGGGGGCAGAGACUGAGCCCAUGUCUACAGCGAGUGCUUUGACCCCUUUGCGACGUCUGCCAGGGUGGAUGAUGUAGAGGCCUGGCCCACAGCGUGGGGCCUCCCUCCCUCGCCACUUGGAGUCUGUCCUUCAGCCCUGUACCCCUCACCCCAGAGCGGGUGCUUGAGGAGAGAGGCUGACUCCCCCUCUCCCCAGACAUCGCACCCCAAGCACCCAAGUCAGCACUAAACCUUUCUGUUCUCAGCUUUUCUUGCCUGAAGAAGAGGGAAGGGAGAGGACGAGGGCCCUGGCUACUCCUGGGUUCCUACAGUCCUUGUCCAGCCUCCAAGACCCACGAGUCCCUUCCUCUGGGAAGCCCCCCUGGCCUGGAGGUGCACCAGGAAGAAGUGGUCUGGGGCUGGCACUAAGCCAUGGCCCAGGGAAGACUGGGGGACCCACUAGGCCAGGUGUGUGGCUCACGCUUGUAAACCCAGCACUUUGGGAGGCUGAGGCAGGUGCAUCACUUGAGGUCAGGAGUUCGAGACCAGCCUGGCCAGCAUGGUGAAACCCCAUCUCUACUAAAAAUACGAAAAUUAGCCAGGCAUGGUAUGGGGGCGGGGGGCACCUGUAAUCCCAGCUACUCAGGAGGCUGAGGCAGGAGAAUUGCUUGAACCCGGGAAGUGGAGUUUGCAGUAAGCUGAGAUCGUGCCAUUGCACUCCAGCCUGGGCAACAGAGUGAGACUCUGUCUCAAAAACAAAAAGACAAGAGACUCAAAUAUGUUUUAUGCUUUGACCUUGUUCUUGGGAAUAUGUCCCAAGGAAGUCAUCCCAGAGAACAAGGUUGCUGGCCCCAGGACAGUCUGGCAGGGUUCAAAACAAUCUCAUCUGCCCUGCACGGAAAGCCCGGUUCCAGCUCUCAUGGCAGGAACUCGGCUUAAAUCCUGACUAGACUCCCAGGUGCCCACAGAACAUGGGAGUAGCCUGGUCAGUUACAGAGCCUGUUUGCGGGACCCCACAUAGACUCGGCUUUUCCACUAGAAAGGCAAUUUCAAGAUCUGGAGAACCUCACCCUUUUGAAAUGAAUUGCAAGACACAUGUAGCUUUUAAAACACAAUUAAAACAGCACAAAAUUGUCUGGGCGCGGUGGCUCAUGCCUGUAAUCCCAGCACUUUGGGAGGCCAAGGCGGGUAGAUCACCUGAGGUCAGGAGUUCGAGACCAGCCUGACCAACAUGGUGAAACCCCGUCUCUACUAAAAAUACAAAAAUUAGGUGUGGUGAUGGACACCUGUGGUCCCAGCUACUUGGGAAGCAGAGGCAGGAGAAUUAGCUUGAACCCGGGAGGCGGAGGUUGCAGUGAGCCGAGAUUGCGUCACUGCACUCCAGCCUGGGUGAGAGAGUGAGACUCUGUCUCAACACAAACAAAAAGCAAUUAAAACAGCACAGAAUAAUAUUCAAUGAGAAAUGAGCCCCUCACCCCUGCUGUCGGCCCCGUACCCACCUGCCACUCACUACUUUCUGGUGUUUCCUCCCAGGAGCAGGUGGUACAUGCACCCACCCCCGUUAUUACACACUUGCGGGAGCCCAUUCACUGCAUCUCCGUUUUUUUAAAAAAUAGAAAUAGGGUCUUGCACUGGGUGCAGUGGCUCAUGCCUGUAAUCCCAGCACUGUGGGAGGCCGAGGCAGGCGGAUCAUGAGGUCAGGAGUUUGAGACCAGCCUGGCCAACAUGGUGAAACACUGUCUCUACUAAAAAUACAAAAAUUAGCCGGCCGUGGUGGUGGGCGCCUGUAAUCCCAGCUACUCAGGAGGCUGAGGCAGGAGAAUCGCUAGAACCCAGGAGGCAGAGGUUGCAGUGAGCCGAGAUCAUUCCACUGCACUCCAGCCUGGGCGACAGAGAGACUUUUGAGACAGAGUCUUGCUUUGUCACCUAGGCUGGAAUGCAGUGGCACGAUUUCGGCUCACUGCAGCCUUGACCUUCUAGGCUCAAGCGAUCCUCCCACCUCAGCCUCCCAAGUAGCUGGCAUUACAGGCACGUGCCGCCAUGCCUGGUUGAUUUUUUUUUUUUUUUUGAGACAGAGUCUUGCUCUGUCGCCCAGGCUGGAGUGCAGUGGCCUGAUCUCAGCUCACUACAACCUCCGCCUCCCAGGUUCAAGCGAUUCUCCUGCCUCAGCCUCCCGAGUAGCUGGGAUUGCAGGCGCCCGCCACCACAGCCAGCUAAUUUUUGUAUUUUUAGUACAGACGGGGGUUUCACUACCUUGGCCAGGUUGGUCUUGAACUCCUGACCUCGUGAUCCACCCGCCUCGGCCUCCCAAAAUGUGGGGAUUACAGGCGUGAGCCACUGCACCUGGAUUUUUUUUUUUUUUUUUUUGAGACGGAGUUUUGCUCUUGUUGUCCAGGCUGGAGUGCAAUGGUGCGAUCUCAGCUCACUGCAACCUCUGCCUCCGAGGUUCAAGUGAUUCUCCUGCCUCAGCCUCCCGAGUAGCUAGGAUUACAGGCAUGAGCCACCAUGCCCGGCUAAUUUUGUAUUUUUAGUAGAGACAGGGUUUCACCAUGUUGGUCAGGCUGGUCUCGAACUCCUGACUUCAGGUGAUCCGCCUGCCUCGGCCUCCGAAAGUGCUGGAAUUACAGGCGUGAGCCACCGCGCCUGGCUGCCUGGCUGAUUUUUUAAUUUUUUGUAGAGAUGGGGUCUCACAGCUAGGCGCGGUGCCUCACGCCUGUAAUCCCAGCACUUUGGGAGGCCAAGGAGGGCAGAUCAUGAGGUCAGGAGAUCGAGACCAUCCAGGCCAACAUGGUGAAACCCCGUCUCUACUAAAAAAUUAGCUGGGCAUGGUGGCGCAUGCCUGUAAUCCCAGCUACUUGGGAGGCUGAGGCAGGAGAAUCACUCGAACCAGGGAGUUGGAGGUUGCAGUGAGCCAAGAUUGCACCAUUGCACUCCAGUCUUGCGACAAGAGCAAGACCCUGUCCAAAAAAAAAAAAAAAACAAAAAACAAAAAUUAGCUGGGCAUGUGGCACAAACCUGUAGUCCUAGCUACACAGAAGGCUUGAGAUGGAAGAAUCCUAGAACCUGGGAGGCAGAAGUUGCAGUGAGCCGAGAUUGCGCCACUGCACCCUAGCCUGGGCAACAGUGUGAGACUGUCUCAAAAAAAAAAAAAAGAAAA